UGAGGGGGGGGGGGGAGAGAGAGAGAGAGAGAGAGAGAGAGGAGCGAGGGAGGGAGCGAGAGGGAGAGCAAAAGAAGGAAAAGAUCCAAGAAAAAAAAACCCCAACCACACACCAGCGGCUGCAGGACUGGGCACAGCAUGAGAUCCAAAGGCAGGGCAAGGAAACUGGCCACAAAUAAUGAGUGUGUAUAUGGCAGCUACCCUGAAGUUCCUUUGGAAGAAAUGCCAGAUGCAGAUGGAGUAGCCAGCACUCUGUCCCUCAAUAUUCAAGAGCCAUGCUCUCCAGCCACAUCCAGUGAAGCAUUCACUCCAAAGGAGGGCUCUCCAUACAAAGCCCCCAUCUACAUCCCUGAUGAUAUCCCCAUUCCUGCCGAGUUUGAACUUCGAGAGUCAAAUAUGCCUGGAGCGGGACUAGGAAUAUGGACCAAAAGGAAGAUUGAAGCAGGUGAAAAGUUUGGGCCUUAUGUGGGAGAGCAGAGGUCAAACCUGAAAGACCCCAGCUAUGGAUGGGAGAUCUUAGAUGAGUUUUGCAAUGUGAAGUUCUGCAUAGAUGCUAGUCAACCAGAUGUAGGAAGCUGGCUCAAGUACAUCAGGUUCGCUGGCUGUUAUGAUCAGCACAACCUCGUUGCAUGCCAGAUAAAUGAUCAGAUAUUUUAUAGAGUAGUCACAGACAUUGCACCGGGAGAGGAGCUCCUGCUGUUCAUGAAGAGUGAAGACUAUCCCCAUGAAACUAUGGCGCCGGAUAUCCAUGAAGAACGGCAGUAUCGCUGCGAGGACUGUGAUCAGCUCUUUGAGUCCAAGGCUGAACUAGCAGAUCACCAGAAGUUCCCCUGCAGUACCCCUCACUCAGCAUUUUCAAUGGUGGAAGAAGACUUUCAACAAAAACUCGAAAGUGAAAACGAUCUCCGAGACAUACAUGCAAUCCAGGAGUGUAAGGAAUGUGACCAAGUCUUCCCCGAUUUGCAAAGCCUGGAGAAACACAUGUUGUCACAUACUGAAGAGAGGGAAUACAAGUGCGAUCAGUGUCCCAAGGCAUUUAACUGGAAGUCCAAUUUAAUUCGCCACCAGAUGUCACAUGACAGUGGAAAGCACUAUGAAUGUGAAAACUGUGCCAAGCAGGUUUUCACGGACCCUAGCAACCUUCAGCGGCACAUCCGCUCUCAGCAUGUUGGUGCCCGGGCCCACGCGUGCCCGGAGUGUGGCAAAACGUUUGCCACUUCGUCGGGCCUCAAACAACACAAGCACAUCCACAGCAGUGUGAAGCCCUUUAUCUGUGAGGUCUGCCAUAAAUCCUAUACUCAGUUUUCAAACCUUUGUCGUCAUAAGCGCAUGCAUGCUGAUUGCAGAACCCAAAUCAAGUGCAAAGACUGUGGACAAAUGUUCAGCACUACGUCUUCCUUAAAUAAACACAGGAGGUUUUGUGAGGGCAAGAACCAUUUUGCGGCAGGUGGAUUUUUUGGCCAAGGCAUUUCACUUCCUGGAACCCCCGCUAUGGAUAAAACGUCCAUGGUUAAUAUGAGUCAUGCCAACCCGGGCCUUGCUGACUAUUUUGGUGCCAAUAGGCAUCCCGCUGGUCUUACCUUUCCAACAGCUCCUGGAUUUUCUUUUAGCUUCCCUGGUCUGUUUCCUUCCGGCUUGUACCACAGGCCUCCUUUGAUACCUGCUAGUUCUCCUGUUAAAGGACUAUCAAGUACUGAACAGACAAACAAAAGUCAAAGUCCCCUCAUGACACAUCCUCAGAUACUGCCAGCUACACAGGAUAUUUUGAAGGCACUAUCUAAACACCCACCUGUAGGGGACAAUAAGCCAGUGGAGCUCCAGCCCGAGGGGUCCUCUGAAGAGAGGCCCCUUGAGAAAAUGAGUGACCAGUCAGAGAGUAGUGACCUUGAUGAUGUCAGUACACCAAGUGGCAGUGACCUGGAAACAACCUCGGGCUCUGAUCUGGAAAGUGACCUUGAAAGUGAUAAAGAGAAAUUUAAAGAAAAUGGUAAAAUGUUCAAAGACAAAGUAAGCCCUCUUCAGAAUCUGGCUUCAGGACAUAAUAGGAAAGAAUACAGCAAUCAUUCCACUUUCCCACCGUCUUUAGAGGAGCACACUGCGGUGUCAGGAGCUGUGAAUGAUUCUAUAAAGGCUAUUGCUUCUAUUGCUGAAAAAUACUUUGGUUCAACAGGACUGGUGGGGCUGCAAGACAAAAAAGUUGGAGCUUUACCUUACCCUUCCAUGUUUCCCCUCCCGUUUUUUCCAGCAUUCUCUCAAUCAAUGUACCCAUUUCCUGAUAGAGACUUGAGAUCGUUACCUUUGAAAAUGGAACCCCAAUCACCAAGUGAAGUCAAGAAACUGCAGAAGGGAAGCUCUGAGUCUCCCUUUGAUCUCACCACUAAGCGAAAGGACGAGAAGCCCUUGACUCCAGGACCCUCCAAGCCUCCAGCAACAUCUGCCACAAGCCAAGACCAGCCCCUGGAUCUAAGUAUGGGCAGUAGGAGUAGAGCCAGUGGAACAAAGCUGGCCGAGCCCCGUAAAAACCAUGUGUUUGGGGAAAAGAAAGGAAGCAACGUUGAACCGAGACCCGCAUCAGACAGUUCCUUGCAGCACGCUAGACCCACUCCUUUCUUUAUGGACCCGAUUUACAGAGUAGAGAAAAGAAAACUAACUGACCCACUUGAAGCUUUAAAAGAGAAAUACUUGAGACCUUCUCCAGGAUUCUUAUUUCACCCACAAUUCCAACUGCCUGAUCAGAGAACUUGGAUGUCAGCUAUUGAAAACAUGGCGGAGAAGCUAGAGAGCUUCAGUGCCCUGAAACCGGAGGCCAGUGAACUUCUGCAGUCAGUUCCCUCCAUGUUCAACUUCAGAGCACCUCCCAAUGCCCUGCCAGAGAACCUCCUGCGGAAAGGGAAAGAACGCUACACCUGCAGAUACUGUGGCAAGAUUUUUCCAAGGUCUGCGAACUUAACACGGCACUUGAGAACCCACACAGGAGAGCAGCCUUACAGAUGCAAAUACUGUGACAGAUCCUUUAGCAUCUCUUCCAACUUGCAGAGGCAUGUUCGUAACAUCCACAAUAAGGAGAAGCCCUUUAAGUGUCACUUAUGUGAUAGGUGUUUUGGUCAACAAACCAACUUAGACAGACACCUAAAGAAACAUGAGAAUGGGAACAUGUCUGGUACGGCAACAUCGUCGCCUCAUUCCGAACUGGAAAGUACAGGCGCUAUUCUCGAUGACAAAGAAGAUGCUUACUUCACAGAAAUCCGCAAUUUCAUUGGGAAUAGCAACCACAGCAGCCAGUCUCCCAGGAACACAGAGGAGAGAAUGAACGGCAGCCAUUUUAAGGAUGAGAAAGCUUUGGUAACGAGCCAAAAUUCAGAUUUACUGGAUGAUGAAGAAGUAGAAGAUGAGGUGUUGUUAGAUGAGGAGGAUGACGACAACGAUAUUACUGGAAAAACGGGAAAAGAACCAGGGACAAGCAAUUUACAUGAAGGAAACCCUGAGGAUGACUAUGAAGAAGCCAGCGCCCUGGAGAUGAGUUGCAAAACGUCCCCAGUGAGGCAUAUGCUAUGAUGUUGUCAUUGUCCGACAAGGAGUCCCUCCAUUCUACAUCCCACAGUUCUUCCAACGUGUGGCACAGUAUGGCAAGGGCUGCGGCGGAAUCCAGUGCCAUCCAGUCCAUAAGCCACGUAUGACAUUACCAAGGUCGACCAGAGUGGGACCAAGUCCAACAGUAGCAUGGCUCUUUCAUCUAGGACUAUUUAAAAGACUGCUGAGCAGAAUGCCUUAGAAACCUGAAGGGUCACUCAUUUAAAGUCUGGUGACCUUAAACUGAAUGCUUAAAAAAAAGAAAGGAAAAGAAAGGAAAAGAAAAAAAAGAAACUAUUUAUUCUCGAUAUUUUGUUUUGCACAGCAAAGGCAGCUGCUGACUUCUGGAAGGUCAAUGCAACGUUAUUAACGUGAUUCGAUGAGAAUGAGCAACUUGCAGGCAGGAGGCGUCUUGGUCCGCCCUGCCCUGGGCUGUGGGUGGGCACGAGGGCGGUGGGGAUGGCAGCAUUGACACGAAUGAACACUCCAUAGAAAUUGAAUUCUUUUUUGUACAAGAUCACCUGCCACAUGAUUGGGAACAGUUGCUUUUUUUAAUUACAGAUUUGAUUUUUUUCCUUUGUUAAAGUUUUAUGUAAUUUAACCCUUUGAAGAUGGAAGUAGUUGGAUGAAAUGCACACUCGAUUAUUAUAGAAACUGAUAACAGGGAGUCCUCGUUCCCCAUUAACUUUUGCCUUCUUAAGUACAUUGUGUAAAACUAGGGAAAAAGGGUAUGUGUAUAUUGUAAACUAUGGAUGUUCCAGCGCUCAAAGAGUUUAAGUCAGUGAAGUAACCUGUUCAUCACCAGUCCCGCUGUACCACUACACUAAUAAAACGUUUGCCAAAUCCUUGUAAUAACAUCUUAAUUUUAGACAAUCAUGUCACUGUUUUUUAAUGUUUAAUUUUUGUGUGUGUUGCGUGUAUCAUGUAUUUAUUUGUUGGCAAACUAUCGUUUGUUGAUUACAAUAGCACUGUUCCAGUCAGCCACUACUUUCUGACGUCUGAGGCACGCCCCUGUCUGAAUUGCAAGGACCAAGGUGACUCGACCUGUGUAUGGGAGUGCCAAAUGGUGUUUGGCUUUUCUUAACAUUCCUUUUUUGUUGUUCUUUUGUUUUCCUUCUUAAUGAGCUAAAUACGAAUAGAUGCAACUUAGUUUUUGUAAUACUGAAAUCGAUUCAAUUGUAUAAACAAUUAUAAUUUCUUUCAUGAAAGCAUGAUUCUUCUGAUUAAAAACUGUACCCCAUAUUUUAUGCUGGUCGUCUGCAAGCUUGUGCGAUGUUAUGUUCAUGUUAAUCCUAUUUGUAAAAUGAAGUGUUCCAGACCUUAUGUUAAAAGAGAGAAGUAAAUAACAGACUGUAUUCAGUUAUUUUGCCCUUUAUUGAAGAACCAGAUUUGUUUUCUUUUUUUUUGUUUGUUUGUUUGUUUGUAAUCUCAUUUUGAAAUAAUCGGCAAGUUGAGGUACUUUCUUCAAAUGCUUUGUACAAUAUAAACUGUUAUGCCUUUCAGUGCAUUACUAUGGGAGGAGCAACUAAAAAAUAAAGACUUACAA